AUGAGUAGUGUAAGCGUACUGGACAAAACGCCGCGCGUGGCCGAAGAAACGACCAAGUACCCACGUGCUGAACGUUUGGGUGCAAGGGAGCUUCUUUAUGGCACGGCGGGUUUCCGUGAUGAUGCAAGUCUACUAGUCUCCACAUGCCAUCGUAUGGGAAUGCUGGCAGUGUUGCGCUCCAAGAGUGUGGGGAAGAUAAUUGGUGUAAUGAUCACGGCAUCACACAACGCGGCAGAAGACAAUGGCUUAAAAAUUAUUGACCCAAGGGGUGAAAUGCUGAGCCAAAAGUGGGAGAAGUACGCCAUGCAGCUGGCCAACGCGCCCCAGGAAAAAGUUGUUGAGGUGCUAGACGCUGUUGUAGCUGCCGAGAAGAUUGAUCUUGAUCAAACAGGCAAUGUUUUUAUUGCUAAAGACACGCGUCCAUCUAGCGAGCACCUAGCCGAGCUUGCGCGUGAGGGGGCGCUGGUGAUCGGCGGCAACGUGCUGGACUUUGGACUACAGACGACGCCUCAACUGCACCACUUGGUUCGCAUGUGGAACUAUGAGCACUACAACAAAGGAGACUGGGCGUCAGAGGUUGGUUACUACAACAUGCUCAGUGAUGCCUUUAAGCAACUCACGGCCACACACGAUUCAAAGCGCUUGGAUCGAUCACCGCUCUAUGUAGACUGUGCACACGGCGUUGGGGCGCUGCAGAUGGCGAAACUGGCUAAAGAUUUGGGUGAUUCACUUCGUCUAGAAAUCGUCAAUACGCCUGGAGAUGGCGAAUUGAACCUUCAGUGCGGUGCUGAACACGUCGAAAAGUCACGCCAGCCGCCCAUUAAUAUGACCCGUGAGAAUGACCGUGGCAAACGCUACUGCAGCAUGGAUGGGGACGGCGACCGUGUAGUUUUCCACUAUUUUGACGACGAAGGAAUUUGGCAUUUGCUUGACGGCAACAAGAUUGCAUGCCUAUUUGCCGAGUUCUUGGACGAAAAGUUGCAGGCCUUAGAGCUCAACCAAGAAGGCGUCACAUUUGGGUGCGUGCUGACUGCGUACGCUAAUGGCGCUGCAACGGAAUAUUUGCAGUCCAAAGGCAUUCGUGUGGCUCAAGCCAAGACAGGUGUCAAAUUUUGUCACGAGAAGGCGAUGCAAUUUGACAUAGCAGUAUACUUCGAGUCCAAUGGCCACGGUACAGUUGUGCUCAAAGAUACAUUGUUAGAAAAGCUUCACAAAUGGGAGAACACGCUGCACGACGAGCGCAAAAAGUUGGCACUGUCGCAACUGCUAGCUGCAUCACAGCUGGUGAAUCAGGCAACAGGCGACGCCAUUUGCGACCUGCUGUUUGUAGAGGCACUUCUCAUUCAAAAGAAUUGGAGUAUCGCUGAUUGGGAUGCCAUCUAUCUUGAUCUGCCAAGUCGUCAGACGAAGAUUAAGGUUACAGACCGCGAUGUGGUCAAAUCAGAUGAAGAGGACGAUACAAAGGUUCUGACACCCGAGAAUCUCCGCACUGCUUUGGACGGGGUCUUGCAGGAGUAUACCAACAAGCGCGGCCGUGCGUUUGUCCGUCCUUCGGGCACGGAGAAUGUCGUGCGUAUUUACGCUGAGGCGACUACUCAGCAGGAUGCUGACGCUCUUGCAAUGCAAUUUGCGAAGCUGCAAUGCCCCAAUGCAUGCAAUGCGGUGCAAGUGCCUUAUCAGGUGGAACAGCCACCGCGAAGUCACUUUGAGGGGCAAAUGUCGUACGAAAUGCAAGACCAGAAGGCGCUUUUGUACCAUCAGCCGCCCAACGGCAACACUCCAUCAGCUAUUCCCGUCGUUUAUGUAGGUGGAGACGCAAAAAAAGACAAUUAUUCGGUAGCUCCAUCAGAUAAAGCCCAAGAGACCAAAAAAAGCGGACGCGUGCUGUCGUCAAGCAGCUCUGGGAUUUUUACUGGUCGAUACUCUGAUCACCCAAAUUGUGAUGUUUGUGGGCUAUCUUUUGACAUGACGAGACGUCGACAUCAGUGCCGUGCUUGCGGUCGCUACAUCUGUGGCAAUUGCUCUCCAUUGAUGCUUUUAAUCCCAGAAGGAGACGAGAUUGUAGGGGCUAGAGGCUACGAUCCAUCCAUCCCACAACGAGCAUGUUUGCACUGCGCGCCUAGAUUGCGUCCACUCCAGGCCGAUCUAGUUGCUCGAUUCGCCAAGGCAAAUGCUGAAGUUCUUCCACAUGAAAACAAGUCGAGGCUACACGUGCCAUUUUCACCCACCUUAGAGAAAGAGUGCACAAAUGCUGCUGAUAUUAUUGGCAACUUUUUUCGAAACGAUUCGGGUGCCUCUGGUGAUAGGUCAAUUCCAAUCUCUUUGCUGGAACACGCGCACGGUCUGGCGAUAAUGACAAUUGUAAAAGCAGGAGUUGUUGUCGUUGGCAAGGUUGGUACAGGUAUUGUAAUAGCACGUCUGUCGGACGGAUCGUGGUCUGCACCCUCCGCUAUCGGGACUGUGGGGCUGAGCGGUGGGUUUCAGUUUGGCGGUGAGAUUGUCGAAGUCAUGAUUAUUCUAGGCUCUCCUGCUGCUGUGGAAGUCUUUUACUCACCUCAAGUCAAUGUGGGAGGUGGUCUGGAUGUCGCAGUCGGUCCGUAUGGACGAUCUGCAGAAGCGGCUGCAGCGAUCAGUAGCACUGGACUCAAUGGCAAUUAUAGCUACUCGAUCAGCAAAGGGCUCUAUGCAGGCGUUUCACUGCAAGGUUCAGUGAUCGCAACACGUGAUGAUCUGAAUCGCAAAUUCUACGGACAGGAUCUGAAUGCUAGUGCACUUCUUGGCGGUGCUGUAAGCCAGCCCACGGCGGCAAGACCACUGUAUGAAGCUUUAGAUCGCGUUACUCGCGGCAUCGCGGAGCACAAGGAGGUGUUGGCUGAACGAUCUCGCAUGAUGGGAACUUGCAGUGUGUGCAAUUGCCAGGUCUUCGUACCCCACGCACACCAAGUUUGGAACAAGAAAUGCAAGACGUGUGAUCAUAUUCAUUAG